AUGGUGAGCAGCGAAAAGUCGGCCGAUGUGCGUCCGGCGGCGCCGAUCCAGCUACCCCAUGCGCAGCGGUCGUCCUCCGAGAAGUGGAGUUCCAACCAGCAGCUCACACUCGAGUACGCCAAGCGCCAAAAGAUGUCGAUCGCAUGGAUCGAACGCAAACUCGGGCGGGACCUCUUUGCCAACGACGAUGCGACCAUGGGUGUCCAGCGUGACGACGAGAACGCGCUCUUUGUCCUCUUGCGCUCGGGUGUCGUACUGCGGGAGCUGAUGGAGGCGUUGGCGCCGGCGCACGCCAACAAGAUGCCAAUCGCACGGACGUACUCCAAGCUCCUCGCGCCGUGGAAGGAGCGCGAGAACAUUUCGAUCUUCCUGCACGACUGCCGCAUGCUCGGUAUGGCGGAAAGCUCCAUGUUUUGCACCGACGACUUGUACGAAGGCACCAACAUGGUGCAGGUUUUGUUUGGCCUCCAAUACAUGCAGUGCUGGUUCCACCCGCAGUCUGGCCUCUCGCCGCGCUCGACGGUCUCGUCCCCGCGCUGCAUGAAGCCCGGGGAGACACUGGAGGAAGAGGAGCACAACAUGAUAGAGUUGCUGCCACUCGACGACACCGUCGACCAAGUCGACGACCACGAUCAGGAGAAUGAGAUUGCGUCGGUCGAGAUCGCUGCCAGUGUCAUGCCCGGCCUCGUGGAUUACUCGAUGGUCAAUGCUGCGGCAACCAAAGAAGACGAACCCGUUGCGUCUACGGACGCUGACAACGACGACGACGGCGCUCGGGAGCUUUUCGAAGAUGAGUCGAGUCCGUUCCCCUUUAUGGAGAUCGAGAGCAUCGAAGCGAGCGACGACGAAAAGUCCAAGGUCACCGACGCGCUUCUCGCUGCUGUUGUCGACACGGCACCCGUGAUCUACCCGGACGCAGUGCGGCUACAGCCGCUGGGUCAAGCAAGGCGCUCAGCCACCGCCCAGUACGCCAUGCAGCACUCGAUGUUUACGAUGCUCAUGUCGACGCUGGCGGUGGCCGCGCUCGUGGCGUCGAGGGCUAAUGCGGCAAGUCCGCCUCUUGUUCAGUGGUUCGCGCCUUUUAUGAGCGGCGGCGGCUACUGCAGCGAAGCCAUCUCGUUCGUCGAAGCGCUCGCCGACUUGGCGUCGCCGGCAUAUACGCUGCAGAUCACGCAGCACGGCGACUCGUUCAACAACGACUUUGCCGGCCACCUACCAACUGCGACGAAAGACACGCUCGAAGCGCACUGGUUCAACCCAUACUGGUCGCCAGCACCGCCGCACAUUGCAGUGUGUCACUCCGAGCCCGGAGCGUGGCACCCCGCGCGGUACCACACAAGCACGUGUCCGCCGAUCGGCUCGACGUAUGCGAUCGGUCGAACAAUGUUUGAGACCGACCGGAUUCCGUCGGGGUGGGCCGAGCGCAUGGCGGCCAUGGACGAGAUCUGGGUCCCCACGCAGUUCCAGAAGCAGGUGUUCCAAGACGGCGGUGUCCCGGAAGCCAAGCUUGUCGUCGUGCCUGAAGCUGUCGACGUGGCGUAUUUUGACCCGGAGAACGCGACGCCACUGGCCUUGCCUGGCGUCGAUGCAUCGACGACCGUCUUUCUCUCCAUCUUCAAGUGGGAAGAGCGCAAGGGCUGGAAGAUCUUGCUGCGCUCGUAUUUUGGCGCGUUCCCGCGGGACGCCAACGUGCUUCUCGUGCUCUUGACCAACUCGUACCACAGCUCGAGCGAUUUCGAGGCGAUGAUUACGGAGUUUGCGCUCGACGACCUGGAGCGCGACCUUGGUGACUUGCCGCGCGUACACGUCCUUCCGCCGCAUUUGCCCCAGGACGAACUCCCGUCGUUGUACAAGGCGGCGACGGCGUUCGUGCUGCCGUCGCGCGGCGAAGGCUGGGGUCGCCCGCACGUUGAGGCCAUGUCGAUGGGACUGCCAGUGAUCGCGACCUUUUGGAGCGGACCAACCGAGUUUAUGACGCUAGACAACUCGUUUCCGCUGCAGAUCGACGGCCUCGUACCGAUUCUGGACGGCGCGUUCAAAGGCCACUUGUGGGCCAAUCCGUCCGAGGCGCAUCUCAUCGAGCUCUUGCAGUACGUCGUGGCGCAUCCCGAGGAUGCCAAGGCCAAGGGGCAGCGCGCACGCGCCGACAUGGUCGACAAGUAUGCGCCGUCGAUCCUCGCAAAGAUCGUGGAUGGGCACUGGCAGCGCAUCUUGGCCCGGUUGCAGAGCGACGAGACGCACGAAGAGUUGUAGGAAUACAUUUUCGUUGCUUUUUGUUUUGCGCCGGUCGCGAUUAUCGGUACCCGUGCGACACGACCCCAGAUGUUAGAAACUAUCACUAGCCUUAUUCCUAUUGCCGCUAGUU